UCGCUCACCAUCAGACAGCGGGAGUCACCGGCGGAGAGAACACCGACUCAUACGCUACACUAGUUAGGAGACAAACGCUGCCUUCUGGAGCGUCGCUUUCACGAAACGACAUGGGAGACCGAGUGGUUUUACUGCUGCUCGCUGUGGUGGCCUCGGCCAUGGCUGUGGAGGUUCCCGCGGACGUUUCCAUGGGUCUGCUGGCCGAGCCCCAGGUGGCCAUGUUUUGCGGUAAACUCAACAUGCACAUCAACGUGCAGACCGGCAAGUGGGAGCCCGACCCCUCCGGCAGGAAGAGCUGCAUUGGUACCAAAGAGGGCAUCUUGGAGUACUGCCAGGAGGUGUAUCCAGAACUCCAAAUCACCAAUGUAGUGGAAGCCAACCAGCCAGUCAGCAUCCAGAACUGGUGCAAGAAGGGACGCAACCAGUGCCACAGCCAUAUGCACAUGGUGGUGCCCUAUCGCUGCCUGGUGGGAGAAUUUGUGAGCGACGCCCUGCUGGUUCCUGACAAGUGCAAAUUCCUGCACCAGGAGCGGAUGGAUAAAUGCGAGAGCCACCUGCACUGGCACACCGUAGCCAAGGAGAACUGUGGAGACCGCACCAUGAAUCUCCAUGACUACGGGAUGCUGCUGCCCUGCGGGAUCGACCGCUUCAGAGGAGUGGAGUUCGUCUGCUGCCCCAGCGAGGCGGAGCGGGGCACGGACAGCGUAGAGCAGGACGCCGACGAUUCUGACGUCUGGUGGGGCGGCGAGGAGACGGACUACACCGACAACAGCAUGGUGCGAGAGCCGGAGCCAGCAGAGCAGCAAGAGGAAACCAAACCAUCUGUGGUGGAGGAGGAUGAGGACGAGCCGGAGGAGGAGGGUGACGAUGACGAAGAGGAGGAGGAGGAGGAGGAUGAUGACGAUCAGCUGGACAACGACCAGGAUGGAGAUGGAGAGGAGGACGAGGAGGCGGUGGACGAGGAGGAUGACGACGAUGACAUCAUCGACGCGCUUGACGACGCUGACGACACCGACGAGCCCACCACUAACGUCGCCAUGACGACCACCACCACCACAACCACGGAGUCUGUGGAGGAAGUUGUCAAAGAUGUGUGCUGGGCCAAUGCUGAGACUGGCCCAUGCCGGGCCAUGCUGCCCCGCUGGUACUUUGACCGCCAGGAGGGCCGCUGUGUUCAGUUUAUCUACGGCGGCUGCGGAGGCAACAGGAAUAACUUUGAUUCAGAGGAGUACUGCCUGGCUGUCUGCAGCAGCGUCAUUCCCACGGCAAAGCCCAGCUCCCCCGACGCGGUGGACCACUACCUGGAGACGCCCGCCGACGAGAACGAGCACGCCCACUUCCAGAAAGCAAAGGAGAGUCUGGAAGCGAAGCACCGCGAGAGGAUGUCCCAGGUGAUGAGGGAGUGGGAGGAGGCCGAGAGGGAAGCCAAGAAUCUUCCACGUGCCGACAAGAAGGCUGUGAUUCAUCGUUUCCAGGAGAAGGUGGAGGCUCUGGAGCAGGAGGCGGCCAGCGAGCGCCAGCAGCUGGUGGAGACCCACAUGGCCCGGGUGGAGGCUCUGCUCAACGACCGGCGCCGCCUGGCUCUGGAGAGCUACCUGACUGCUCUGCAACAGGACCCACCCAGGCCGCGUCACGUCUUCAGCCUGCUGAAGAAGUACGUCCGCGCCGAGCAGAAGGACAGGCAGCACACUCUCAAACACUUCGAACACGUCCGGAUGGUGGACCCCAAAAAGGCUGCUCAGAUCAGACCUCAGGUGCUGACUCAUCUGCGUGUUAUUGAGGAACGUAUGAACCAGUCUCUGGGCCUUCUCUACAAAGUCCCUGGUGUCGCCGACGACAUCCAAGACCAAGUUGAGCUCCUGCAGAGGGAGCAGGCCGAGAUGGCCCAGCAGCUGGCCAACCUGCAGACCGACUCCAGGGUGAGCUAUGGGAACGACGCCCUGAUGCCCGACCAGGAAUUCGACCAGACUGACCCGCUGCCCCAGGAGGAUGUCCUGGGAGGAGUCGGCUUCAUCCACCCCGAGAGCUUCAACCAGCAGAACACAGAGAACCAGGUGACCGGAGUCAAGAUGGACGCCGUCCCCGAGAUGCGGAUGGAGACCGAGGACAGACAGAGCACCGAAUAUGAAGUCCACCACCAGAAACUGGUCUUCUUCGCCGAGGACGUCAGCUCCAACAAGGGCGCCAUAAUCGGGCUCAUGGUGGGAGGCGUGGUCAUAGCAACGGUGAUCGUCAUCACCCUGGUGAUGCUGAGGAAGAAGCAGUACACUUCCAUCCACCACGGAGUCAUUGAGGUGGAUGCUGCCGUCACCCCAGAGGAGCGCCACCUGUCCAAGAUGCAGCAGAACGGCUACGAGAACCCCACCUACAAGUUCUUUGAGCAGAUGCAGAACUGAGGCGACAAAUGAAAAUAAACACACACACACACACACACAUAAACACACCAUCACCUCC